UUAAAGCUCAUUAAAGUAAAUGACAGACUCUCGAAUACCGUCAAGAAGUCAUAUGAAUUUUCUCAAAGGAUUCAGAACAUUGGGUUGGUGGGGACGGAACUGUUGGUGAGCUUCGUUGUACAAUCCAUGUACACAAACAUCUUAGGCGAGAAGGCGGUAAGCGCCUUAAUGGAGAUAUUGGAGCGAGAAGAAGACAUCCUGGAGGCGGAACGGAUACGGAAGGAGUCGUUAACACGACUAAUCAACUUGACAGUAAGGACCACAUAUUUUACAUUUAACAGCAGUAUCAACGAGCAAAUAUUUGGACUACCGAUGGGAUCUCCGCUCUCAGCUCUUUUGGCAAAUGUGUACAUGGACAAGUUGGAAAGGGAAUUCGUGAAGUCACCACUGCAACCAAGAGUGCUUAUGCGAUAAAUCAAAUUCACAAUGGCGGUGGAGGAGGAUGAACGGCUACCUUUUCUGGAUAUUGAAGUCAUACGCUCCAAGGGGACACUCACUAAAGAUCAGAAUACCGAGGAGUUUGAUCAUCAGAAGGUUAUGUCUAACAGACACUGA